GGACUGAAAUAAAAAGUGGUUGACCCUGGUAUUUCUGGAGUAUCUUAAGAUAUAUUAGAUCUUAACUGAGCUGAAGAGAUAAGCAUAAUUGGGGGCCAUUGUUAUUCUACAGAAAAUUUAGAGAUCAUUUCCAGGAGUGACAAUAGGAUGUUUUGGAAUAAAUAAAGUAAUUGUGUGAAUAUAUUUAUCAAAAUAUUAGUUCUCCAAAUUUAGGACACAGGUAGAGAUGUCCAUCUAUUAACUGAGCUAGUAAUUAGUUCCAUCAUUGGAUUCUAAAACACCACAUCUUUUACAUUGGGUAGUAUGUUUAGACCUAAAUAUGUAAAAAAAAAAAUAAUAAUAAUUAGCAGCUGUGAGAUGGGAGUCUUGUGAAUUUGGAUUAUCUCUUUGUUUGGAAGUUAUUAAUGACAGGGAAGAUUUAAAAUGAAUAUUUUGUAACCUUAUAAAUCACAUUUACAAGACAGAAAAAGUAUGGCAUCAUCAGCAUAUAAGGUGAUACAAUGAUGUCAUUUGAGUGUAAUUGGCCUAUAUUUUCACACAAUGUAUAGUGCUUUAAAAACUGUAACAUUCUCUUCCUGUUUGGCAAAAUCUAAGUUGGUAAUUAUUUUCUGACAUGUUUUCACUCAUAAAUAUUAUCAGUAAAGCAUGGCUAUAUAACGCACACACCUCCCAGUCCUGUUAAGCUCAGCUAAACACUCUUCACAAUACAAAUCCAAGUCAGCAUGUUUGCACACACGGAGCUUUGCAAGCUGGAGACUGUAGUCCUGUUCAAUCAAGAGCCCUGGUGAUUAUACAAAGUGGACAAGAACCGCAUAGCCCAGCAUGACUUUCUACACACGCUUAUGGUACUGUGGUUACUGGGUCAAGUGAGAUGGUGACCGAUCAGACGGUAAUCUUUUAAUUCUUCUUAUCCACUCUUAUUUUAUAAUUUAGUUUAGAGGAUUAGUUUGGGAUUUUUUUCAUUUUUGCUGCUAUAGUUGCUCAUUUUAGACCAAGAAUCAUCUGUCUGGGAUUUCUGAUUUUAUCAGCAAACAGGUAAAAAAAAGUUCAAUUUGUAUAUGCCCCAGUGAUCAUGACCAACAUGCUGAAGUUCUGUGUCAUCAGUGAAACCUGGUUAAAAUCAAUCUAACUUUUUGAAGGACUGUUAUUGAACAUGCAACCGGGUGUGCGAGCCUGGAUGCCCACUGCGACUGUGUUGGGCCUGUUUUGCCGAGGUUGCCUCAGCAAGACGCAGAGUUUGCAUGGUCACAGCUUCAGCUGUUUGCCCAGGCAGAUGAGCAGGUGGAACAGCUGGGAGUCAGACAAACCCCCACCUUCUCAGGAAAACCCCCGUAUCCUCAUCACAGGUGGUCUUGGGCAGUUAGGUGUGGGACUUGCACAGAUGCUGAGGAAACAAUUCGGGACAGAGAAUGUAAUCCUGUCAGACAUUAAGAAGCCUCCACCUCAUGUUUUCAGCAGUGGUCCAUUUCUUUACGCUGAUGUGUUGGACUACAAACUUCUGAGAGAACUGAUUGUAAACAAUCGGAUCACUUGGCUGAUCCACUACAGUGCUCUGCUCAGUGCUGUGGGCGAGGCUAACGUGGCUUUGGCACGCAAGAUCAACAUCACAGGCCUUCAUAAUGUGCUGGAUUUGGCUCUGGAGAACUCCCUGCGCGUUUUUGUCCCUAGCACCAUUGGAGCAUUCGGUCCCUCUUCUCCACGCGACCCGGCCCCUGACCUCUGUGUCCAAAGACCUCGAACCAUCUAUGGUGUAUCCAAAGUGCAUGGAGAACUGAUGGGAGAGUAUCUCCAUCAUAAAUAUGGUCUGGACUUCCGCAGCCUACGUUACCCAGGUGUGAUAUCAGUGAACACACCUCCUGGAGGAGGAACAACAGACUAUGCGGUUCAAAUCUUCCACGAUGCUCUCAGCACAGGUCACCACGAGUGUUACCUGCGUCCCGACACCCGUCUUCCUAUGAUGCAUAUCUCUGACUGCCACCGUGCCACUGUAGAAUUCAUGCAGACUCCAGAGAGCCAGAUGUCCCUGCGUACCUACAACAUUGCGGCCAUGAGCUUUACUCCAGAAGAGGUGGCCCAAGAAAUCCGCAAGCAUCUCCCUAAACUUAAGGUCUCCUACAAUCCUGACCCUGUUCGCCAGACCAUUGCAGACAGCUGGCCUGUGAGGUUUGAUGAUUCCAAUGCCAGGAGAGAUUGGGGCUGGGCACCAGCGUUCGGCCUUGAGGAGCUGGUGUCAGACAUACUGCGCUCUGUUCGAGACAAGAGAACAAAUCAGGGUUUGCCAGUCAGCUAGCGAAACCUGCUUCACUGAGACUAACCAAUGCCCUAUUCCUGACUUUUCUUCAUUCUGAAUUUGCCAACAAAACACCUCCAAUGACUUCACUUUCACAAGUUGUCACCCACUAUCCUCCAACAUUAGGGCAAUGAGUGAGGGACUGUUUGUUAAGUAGGAAUGUUCAGUCAGAACCUCUCAGUAUACAGGGGACAGUAGACAACAUACACAUGCACUCAAACACGCACAUUUCAGUCUUUUUCAGGGAAUCAUUUACUGUCUCUUCAUCUUUGUUGUUUUUAAUUGUUAUCAUGGUAGCAUCACACAGAACAGAUACUCAUUUCUUGAGCUUUAAAGAUUUCAUGUUAUGUUCAUCACAUCCAUGGACACAACUGUCUGUUAUGUUUAAGAAAAUGUCUAAUACAAUAUGGACCAGUACAAGUAACAAAUCUGUUGUACACUGACUUCAGGAUUAUUUGGAAUAGCAGGUUCAUUAAUUCUGCAGUCUAUUAAAUUUCAAAUUACACACUAAAUACAACCCUUGCCUUGCUGUGGCAUCUAAUGGGAAGCCUUUAUUUAACUCUUUUGCAGGCUGUGUGAUUUUGUUUAUGAUCGAGUACCAUUAACAAAUGAAGCCUUAUCAAAAACGGAACGGAAUGGCAAAAUGGAAAAAUGCAGUGCACUUUGACUGAGACCUUGAAUAAUAAAAACAAACAGCAGUGAUUAAUAAAAAAUAAAAAAAUC